GCGUACGUAGGCAGUUGCUUUCCUUGUACGUGCACAAGCUGCGACGUCUAUCUCAUUCAGGGAAAGAAACUUUUUAUAUUUUCAGUGAAAACUGAAAAUAACAGAAAGUGGCGCAACCAAAAGGAAGAAAUCCACACUAGGACGGAUAACCCGGCAAACAGUGACCACUUCAGUUGGUGCUGUCUGACCUUGAUCACGACCCUAGACCAUGAGUACGGAUCCUCAACUUCUGCCUGGUGGCAGUACCCCGGCUCCGGCCGUUGACCCCAAUGGCGUCAACAUUGAAGAAGAAGCGUACGAACCUCCCACCUACGAUGACGCCUUUCCUCCGAUGGAGAGCGCCCCCAUGGGUGGCGGGCCUAAGCGAGGCCAAAGUGGACGCGGGCCGUCCUAUGCCAGAAUGGCAGUCAAGUCUUCCGUUGUAACUCAGGUGUUCCAUGUGCCUUUAGAGGAACGUCGCUACAAAGAAAUGAACCAAGGUUUUGGAGAAACAGGUAGUCAAUCCAGCAAGAUAUGCACAGAUAUCAUGAAGAAAACAGAUGCCAGCAUUGAGAUGAGUCUUGCCAAAGACCAGAGUUUGACCAUUGUAGUGACCGGUAAGGAGGAAGCGGUCAUCAAGGCCAGGAGAGAAGUCAUGAACAAACUACAAACCCAGGCAAACAUCACAGUCCAGAUCCCUAAGGAACAUCAUCGUUUUGUCAUCGGGAAGGAAGGCAAGAAACUGAAAGAACUGGAACAAGCCACCAUGACCAAGAUCACCAUCCCAAACAGUGAAGAGAACUCUGAUAUGAUCAGGAUCCUUGGACCCAAGGAGGGCAUCGAUCAGGCCAAGCAUGAACUACAACUCAUUUCAGAUGAACAGGCCAAGAGAGCAUUUGAGCGCUUGAUUGUUCCCUACAAGUACCACCCCUUCAUCUGUGGACCAGAGAACUGUUUUACCAAGGAGCUAUCGGCCAGGACCGGAGCUAAGAUCAGCGUGCCACCCCUUAGUGCCAGGAAGGAUGAGAUCGUAGUGGCUGGCGAGAAGGAAGGUGUGCAUGAAGCCAAGGCUGUCAUCCUCAGGACCUAUGAAGAGAAGAAACUGAAGACCACCACUGUCUCCCUGGAGGUGCGCAAGUCCCAGCACCGUUACGUGAUCGGCCCCCGUGGUUCCAACCUCGCCGAUAUCUUGAAAGAGACCGGAGUGUCUGUGGAAGUCCCUCCAGCAGACAGCCCCUCCGAGACCAUCACCCUGCGCGGUGAACAGGCCCAGCUGGGACCAGCUAUCACACAAGUCUAUGCCAAGGCUAACAGCAUUAAGAUGGAGGAAGUACAUGCCCCAGCCUGGCUUCAUCGAUUCAUCAUUGGACGACAAGGAAAGAACGUCAAGAACAUCACACAAAACCUACCCAAGGUCCAUGUGGAAUUCAAGGAAGGACGUGACGUCAUCGUCAUCGAAGGACCGCCAGACGAAGUUGAGAAAGCGCGUUCAGCGCUCGAAGAAAUCUCUCGCGAUCUCCAGAACCGCCUCUCGUUUGUAGACAUCAGCAUUGAUCCUAAAUAUCACAAGCACAUCAUCGGGAAGGCUGGUGCAAAUAUCACUCGUAUCAAGAAGGAUACCGGUGUGUCUAUCCGCAUUCCUCCCGAUGAAGAGAAGAGUAGUAACAUCAGGAUUGAGGGAAGUCCAGAAGGCAUUCAGCAAGCCAAGAAGGAGCUGCUCGAGAUCGCCCAGAGAUUGGAAAAUGAGAAGUCCAGAGACAUUCUGAUUGAGCACCGAUUCCAUCGCACGAUUAUCGGAACCAAAGGAGAAUAUAUCAAAGAUAUCAGGGAUAAAUUCAAACAGGUUCAAAUCACAUUCCCAGACCACGGCAAACAGAGUGAUGUCGUGACCCUUCGUGGACCCAAACAGGAAGUAGAUCUGUGCCACCGUUUCCUCAAGGAACUCACCAAGGAAUUGGUAGAGAACAACUUCCAGGUUUCCCUGCCCAUCUUCAAGAAAUUCCACAAGAAUGUGAUUGGUAAAGGAGGCUCAACCAUCAACACGAUCAAGGAAGAUACAGAUACAAGGAUUGAGAUCCCUACAGAGAGCAGUGACAGUGAUCUUAUCGUGAUCACAGGAAAGAAAGCUAACGUUGAGAAGGCUAAAAAAAGGAUCAUUGCCAUUGAAAGUGAACUGGCCAAUAUCACUGAAGCGGAGGUGCGUAUCCCUACCAAACAUCACCAGUCGCUGAUCGGAUCUAAGGGUCGUCUGAUCCGAGCUAUCAUGGAUGAAUGCGGUGGUGCACACAUUCACUUCCCUAAGGAAGGCUCAGGGAGUGACAAGGUCACCAUCAGAGGACCAAAGGACGAAGUGGAAAAAGCCAAGAAACAACUCAUGGAUCUUACUAAUGAACGGGAGCAAGCCAGCUUCACCGUCGACGUUCAUGCCAAGCCGGAGUAUCACAGGUUCCUGAUUGGCCGUGGUGGAGCAAACAUCCGCAAAGUGCGUGAGGAGACCGGAGCACGAGUCGUCUUCCCUAACAACAACGAUGAUGACCAGACGCUGGUCCAGAUCAUUGGGACCAAGGAGGCUGUGGAGGAGGCUAAGAAGAGGCUGGCUAGUCUCAUCAAAGACCUGGACAACAUCACCGAGGCUGAGAUCGAUGUGGACACCAAGUUCCACCGUCACUUUGUUGCCCGUCGUGGCCAGGUUCUGCGUGAGAUUGGUGAUGAGUACGGUGGAGUGACAGUCAGUUUCCCACGCAACGGAUCAUCUAGCACCAAGGUAGUCAUCAAGGGAGCCAGAGACUGUGUGGAUGGAGCUCAGAAACGCAUCCUAGAUAUUGUGUCAGAUCUUGUUCAGCAAGUCUCUAUUGAGUGCAUCAUUCCUCAGAAGUUUCAUGGUACCGUCAUGGGACCCAAAGGCUCUCGCAUUCAGACGGUCACUCAGGAGUUUGAUGUAGCCAUCAAGUUCCCUGAUAAGAACACUCCCCCUCCUGCUCCUCCUGCUGCCCAGCCAGUUAAUGGCGAGACCAACGGUGAGGGUGGUGAGGAGACUCCAGCUGCUCCUGCUCCAGCUCCUGGUCCUAAGAAACAAGAUAUCAUCAUGAUUACAGGAAAGAAGGAUAACUGUGACAAGGCCAAGGAAGCUCUCUUGGCUUUGGUUCCAAUCACCCAGGAAGUGAAUGUUCCCUUUGACUAUCAUCGUUACAUCAUUGGAGCUAAAGGAGCUGGUGUGAGACAUCUGAUGGAAGAAAAUGAUGUGAACAUUGCCAUCCCACCUGCCAGUGAGCAGUCCGAUGUUGUGAUUGUGAGAGGUACACCUGUCAAUGUAGCCCGAGGUGUAGAGGCUCUUAUCAAGAGAGUCAGGGAGCUAGAUGAUGAGCAAGAAGACAGACGUCUCAAGUCGUUCACUGUGGAGUUGACCGUGGCUCCUAAGUACCAUCCUAAGAUCAUCGGCCGUAAGGGAGCGGUCAUCGGUAAGAUCCGCAUCAAGCAUGAGGUCAACAUCCAGUUCCCCGCCCGUAACCAGGAGGAACAGGAUACCAUUAAGAUCAUGGGAUACGAGGCCAACGCUGAGGCUGCAAAGGAGGAGAUCCUAGCCAUCGUCAAGGAAUUGGAGGACCAAGUCUCUGUUGAACUGGCAAUCGAUCAUCGCAUCCAUCGUCGUUUGAUCGGCGCUCGUGGCAAGGCCAUCAACCGUAUCAUGGACGAGUACAAGGUUGAUAUCCGUUUCCCACGGGAGGAGGAUCCUAACCCUAACGUCGUCGUGGUUACUGGUGAUUCUGACAAUGUGGACGAAUGCUGCGACUAUCUCAAGAACCUGGAGGAAGAAUAUAUGAUGGAUGUGACUGAGACCGAAGAGAUGCAGCAGUACAUCCGUGGUCCCAGCCGCCGAGAGGAAGCUCCUAAGAACACUAGCAACAGCGGCUUCGUCAUCCGUGAUGCCCCCUGGAGUAACCCACCGGACACCUCUAACGUCAAUGAGUUCCCAUCUAUGGGUGGACCAGCCCCAGGGCAGGCCCCAGCAGCCCCCAAACCAGCCCCUGCUGCUGCCUCCUCUGCUCCUCGCUGGGGACCAUCCUACAAGCGCUAAAGAAAUGAAACCAAGCAUGGUGGUCACAACCCUCUUUCCUGUAACAAUCCCUAUAUAUCAUUUGAGAAAGAAUCAAAGAAAAGUGGGAGAAUGCAACCUAAACAGAUAGAUAAUAUAACUGCCUCUUGGAGAGAGACAAAGAAAUGUGGUUGAGAGAAACCGUUAAUAAUCACCAGUAUUUUCUUUUGGGAACAGGAACAUACUUAUAUCUUGAUUCGUAGUUUAGGGGAAAUCCCUCUUGUAAUGCCACAUGUGCAUCUUAUAGAUUUUUCAGAGGGAGUCAAUGAAGUGACUGGAAGAUCAUGUGACAUCGUGUCACUGCUCUUCUAUUAAGUGUCUUUGCCUUGAGUAGAUUUCUUAGACUCAACAUUUUAGCUAAGAUUGUUUAGCCUAACAUUCAAUGUUAUUCAAUUUGAUGACAAUUUUAAAACAAUCCAUAUUUUCUCUUUUAGUUUCUUUGUUUCCUUCUAUUUUAAGUGCACUUUACUUUCAUGAGUAUAUUGAUAUAGAUAUAUCAUUAGUUUAGUAAUUUAUAUCCUUUUUCUUUGUCCAUUUGCCAAUUUUAUUUAAAUCUAGAAAUCCUUUCAUUUUGUCCUACUUUCAUUAAAAUGAUCUUUAUUAUUGCAUUACAUCUUGAUGUGCUGGACAUGUUUUAUUGAAUUCCCAAAAUUUACAAGGACAUGUAAUUUAAUACAAAUUUUAUUUUGUGAUAACAGGCAGGUAAAGUGAUUUCAUUUAAUGUUUCAAUCUUAAAGGCUGUUUUAUACAGUACUUUAAUAUGUGACUGCCGUAAUUUUCUUACAAAUGGAAAUAUUUAUUGUGAUUUAAUCUUUAGCAUAAAUCUCUCACAUUUUACAAUGUCUUUGAAGAAGGCUUGUAGCAUAAGCUUUGCAUCACAUAUCACAUUUAGUAUUAUUCUAUUAGCAAUACAUAUCGUAGACAGAUUUAUGAGUUUGAGUUAUUCUCUUGAGUAACACAAAGCCUCUGUUCAGAUCACUUUAUUGUGGGGAAAAUACCAUUCAGUCUUUUUAUUAUGUAAGUACAAAAUUGAAUGUUGUAUUUUUGUAAUAUUCUAAUGAUAUGCAUUUUUUGUUGGUUUUGCAUAGUGUAACAAAAUCCACAGUAUUGGAGAGUUUGUUUCUUUUAAAUUCUAAGUUUUUCUUUAUCGAUAGACCAAAUUGAUGAUACAGCAAACGUUAACUGCCAUGCUGCAUGUGUGUGGUCAUAUAAUGAUGAAAUGUCAUAGUUUAGGUAAAACUCUGUUUUGAGAUGAAUUUGAUUUAGAUACUUCUCACUUUGAGAAUGUUGUCAUUUUAUUUUGAUAAAGGGAAGCCUGUGGUUUUGUUUGUUUAAAUGAUACAAUUUGGUUUAUUUGUUGUAAUUUAGGAGUAGACUGUAGUUCUCGUAAAGUGAACAGACUGAGAUACGCAAAUAUUUAGAAUGAGAAGAAGUCAUUGAUUUUUUUAGCAAUCAAAUAAUGCAAGUAGGGAAUUUAUCCAGUAUCUCUCUACUGAACAAGUGUUAAUUGACGUUUCUCUUUAUAAGAGUAUCUUGUAAAAAAUCAUUGUUUGUUUCAUAUUAUUCUUAGCCAAGAAAACAAUUCUUAGUGCAAUUCACAGGAACAUGUGAAUUUUUGAGCACAUUUGAUAAGUUUGAAAAGAGAUUGGUGUUGGUGAAAACAUUACUUAGGAUAUGGCUUUUUCUUAAGAUCUCGUAGACCUUAAUUUUGCGGUAGAAGUUAUACGUAUAUUUUCUGAGCAUAACCUGUUUUCAAUAUCUUUCAUUUCAUUCUUUAUAUUUACGUCGUGUUUGAGUGGGAGAUAUUAUCAGUAGAGUUACGAUGGUAUAUAUAGGGAUAUUUUAUUCACUUGCUUUAGCAUGGACAGAAAAGUGUAGCUUAUUUUUCUUCUUGAAUGAAUUUUGAUGUUUUUCUUUUUUUCCUCAUGAGAUUGUGAUGUAUUAUGCAUUGUAUGAUGCAAUGCAAAAACUAGAUGAAAUUUAUUUGAAAGGAGGAAGGGGAUCCCUUUCUGUACUUACAGUUUAUACAAAGAUAUAUAUGUAUAUGUAAUUACCUGAAUAUGAUAUGGGUAGAGGUAGUGAUUUUUUUCAAUCUGAAAAUUUUAUAUCAUUGCGUUAAUGAAAUACAGUAAAGUUGUAAAGAAAGCGUGGUGUUACAGGAAAAAGAAAAGAAAAGAAAAGAAAUGAAAAGACAAUUAUGUAUGAAGAAUCAUGCAUGUUGAAGUAUAUGUAAAAAAAAAUGUAUUCUUAACACAUGCGCAAACUGCUUGGUCUCGUUGACAUGUAUCUUACUUUAACAGAAGGAAAACAAAAUCAUAUCUUUUUCCUCAUGAAUGAUUUGUAUGCCAAAAUGUAAGAUUAAUAAACCUAUGAAUGCCACUGUCAACACAAUA